CCCACUCCGGAAGUCAAAAUGAAAACAGAGGCAGAAGGGGGAAAAUAACGUGAGAAUCCGUCUGAGCACAGCCUACUUCGUAUUUAUAGCGGAAAUAAAUGAGCUCGGGAUUAAAGUCGAAGGUGACCCACUUCUGUAUGUAGACUAAAAUUCAGUGACACUUUUUUGUUUUGUCUCCCAGUUUGAGAAAAGAAUGUCCAUCCAUUUAUGGGAAUAAUCGGGAAUCUGGCUGGUAAAUUCUCUGUUAUCCGUCCCAGUUUAUUACUAAGUAACCAAUACAAGACAGUCAUGUCCAGACGUCUUCAUGCAAACAGAACUGUUGGUGUUGAUAAAAAUGUUUGGGUUGAAUUCACCCAGCUGGCUGCAGACUACAAAGCAGUGAACCUGGGUCAGGGCUUUCCCGACUUCUCUCCUCCACAGUUUGUUCAGGAUGCUUUCUGUAAAGCUGUGAGCGGAGGACCCUCAAUGCACCAGUACACUAGAGCUUUUGGUCAUCCUCGUCUCGUAAAAAGUCUCGCCAAAUUCUUCAGCAGGAUUGUGGGGCAUGAGAUCGAUCCGCUCGAAGACAUUUUGGUGACGGUUGGAGCUUAUCAGGCGCUCUUCUGUGCAUUUCAGGCUCUAAUUGAUGAUGGAGAUGAGGUCAUAAUUGUCGAGCCGUUCUUCGACUGCUACCAGCCGAUGGUGCUGAUGGCUGGAGGGAACGCAGUGUAUGUGCCUCUGAGACCAAAAGAGGGCAGCGCCGUCCUGUCGAGUAGAGACUGGGUUCUUUCCCCCGAGGAACUGUCCAGUAAAAUCACUCCUCGCACAAAAGCCAUUGUUAUCAACACUCCCAACAAUCCUUUAGGCAAGGUGUACCAGAUGGAGGAACUCCAAAUGAUCGCAGAUCUGUGUCUCAAACAUGAUCUGCUGUGCUUCAGUGAUGAGGUGUACGAGUGGCUCACCUACGAUGGAGCCAAACACGUGAAGAUCGCCAGCCUUCCUGGGAUGUGGGAACGGACCAUAACUGUCGGCAGCGCCGGGAAAACCUUCAGUGCUACUGGCUGGAAGGUUGGCUGGGCCAUCAGUUCUGGACACAUCAUCAAACACAUGAAAAUUGUCCAUCAGAACUCAGUUUAUCACUGUGCAACAGCAGCUCAGGAGGCCGUAGCGUCUGGCUUUGAGAGGGAGUACGAGCUGUUCGGGACUCCGGAGAGCUACUUCCAGCAGCUGCCUGUCAUGCUGCAUCACAAGAGACAGAAGCUGGCCUCGUGCCUGCAGAGAGUCGGCCUGCAGCCCGUCAUGCCUGAGGGAGGAUAUUUUAUGAUCACAGACAUCUCCUCCAUCAAAGUGGACCUCAAUGAUGAGAGUACCAAGGAUGAAUCGUAUGACUUUAGAUUUGUCAAAUGGCUAAUUAAAGAAAAGGGUUUAGCGACAAUCCCUGUCUCUGCUUUCUUUAGUCCAGAGCACAGCAAGGAGUUUGACAAAUACAUUCGCUUCUGUUUCGUUAAGGAGGACUCGACCUUGGACGCAGCGGAGGACAUUUUGAGAAAGUGGAGUCAGAAGAAGUAGAACAAGCUGCUUAUUAUUAUUGUUUGACCCAUCUACUCAGACUAACAUCUUCAACCUCCUCAGGAAAAAUCUUUAUGAAUAUUCAGUGUUUUUGUGUUUGUUCGCAGAAUUAGAAUAUCAAAUUAUACACCUGUAGAAAAUAUCUUGAAUGCAGAAAUAUUUGUCUGACCUCCAAGCAUGCAAAAAUUGUAUUAAAGCUUUUAAGAAAUCAUUCGUUUGAGCAGGUUGUUACACUUCCUUUUAAAUGCUGUUGAACAAAACAUUUUAUGUCCAAUCAGACCCCCUCAGAAAAAGAACAUAUGAAGAAAGACAGAAUUGAAUGAAAAUACAAUGAACUGGUUAACAGAAACCCCUCUAUUCAUUAAUAUUUCUCUGCGCGGUUCACCAUUUAGUUAUAGACCAAUAACUAGUUAUAAUUCUAGUAUUAAAGCCUUGUUACAGACUAGCAAA